AUGGAGUCUAAGCUUCUGAAACCUACGUCUUUUUACAAACCUUCAACACCCUUUUCUUCUUUUCAUCUAACAACUCGAGGGUCUUCUUUUUCAUUCAACCCCAUUUCAUCUUUUCCCCAAAAAUCCAAUCUUUCUCUUAAGGUGCAAGCUGCUGCUAUUGGAUCGGUGCCAAUAAAGAAAAGGAUUGAUGGGAGUGAAAAUUUGACGCUUGAUCAUAUAAGACAUUCUUUGAUUCGUCAAGAGGAUAGCAUUAUCUUUUCCCUCUUGGAGCGAGCGCAAUACUGCUACAAUAAAGAAACUUAUGACCCUGAUGCUUUCUCCAUGGAUGGAUUUCACGGCUCUUUGGUAGAAUACAUGGUCAAGGAAACUGAGAAGCUUCAUGCCAUGGUUGGUAGGUACAAGAGCCCGGAUGAACAUCCAUUCUUUCCCGAUGGUCUACCUGAACCGUUGUUACCGCCUUUGCAAUACCCUCAGGUGUUGCACCCUAUUGCAGAAUCGAUAAAUAUAAAUGGUAAUGUAUGGAGUGUAUACUUCAGAAAUCUGAUCCCGCAAUUAGUCAAGGAAGGAGACGAUGGUAAUUACGGAUCCUCUGCUGUUUGUGAUGUAAUGUGCUUGCAGGCUCUUUCGAAAAGAAUCCAUUAUGGAAAAUUUGUAGCUGAGGCAAAAUUUCAAGCUGCUCCAGAUUCGUAUAAAGCUGCUAUUAUAGCACAGGACAAGGAGAAAUUGAUGGAAAUGCUAACAUAUCCUGAAGUUGAAGAAGCAAUCAAGAGGAGAGUAGAGAUGAAAGCCAAGACUUAUGGACAAGAAGUGAUUAUAAAUAUGGAAGAACAAAAAAGUGAGCCUGUGUACAAAAUAAAUCCAAGCUUGGUUGCUGAUUUAUAUAGUGAUUGGAUCAUGCCAUUGACAAAAGAAGUUCAAGUUGCAUACUUAUUAAGGAAGCUGGAUUGA